AUGGAUCGGCAGCUGGAACGUGCGGUGAUACACAAGAAGCCAGUCCCUGAGAUCGACUUUUCUCUACAUACAAUGGAAGAUGGCACUCAGGUAUCGACGUUAGAGCGAGUUUGUAAAGAGGUGCAGGCACCGGCGCUCACUGUCCCUUCUGAGGAGAAUUUUCGAUCUCCGGAAGACCCCAGCAAACCCAAUCUCCAGUUUCUCAAACAACAUUUCUACCGAGAAGGCCGACUCACAGAGGAACAGGCACUAUGGAUCAUCAAUACUGGUACUCAGCUGCUUCGCUCAGAGCCCAACCUUUUGGAGAUGGACGCCCCGAUUACAGUGUGCGGCGAUGUUCACGGCCAGUAUUUUGAUUUGAUGAAAUUGUUUGAGGUCGGCGGGGACCCUUCAGAGACACGGUAUUUGUUUUUGGGCGAUUACGUCGACCGAGGCUAUUUCAGUAUUGAGUGUGUGCUUUAUUUGUGGUCUCUCAAAAUUUGGUAUCCAAAUACUCUUUGGUUGCUGCGAGGCAAUCACGAAUGUCGCCACUUGACAGAUUACUUCACCUUCAAACUUGAAUGCAAACACAAAUACUCCGAACGUGUCUACGAUGCCUGCAUGGAGUCGUUUUGCGCCUUGCCUUUAGCUGCUGUUAUGAACAAACAGUUCCUUUGCAUCCACGGUGGUCUCAGUCCAGAGCUGCAUACUCUCGAAGAUAUCAAGGCUAUUGAUCGAUUUAGAGAACCCCCCACUCACGGUUUGAUGUGCGAUAUCCUUUGGGCCGACCCACUGGAGGAAUUUGGCCAGGAGAAAACUGGCGAAUACUUCAUCCAUAACAACGUCCGAGGCUGCUCUUAUUUCUUCUCAUACCCUGCAGCAUGCGCUUUUCUUGAGAAAAAUAAUCUCCUAUCAAUCAUUCGGGCGCACGAGGCCCAGGAUGCUGGUUAUCGAAUGUAUCGCAAGACUCGUACCACUGGCUUCCCGAGUGUGAUGACUAUAUUCAGUGCCCCCAACUAUCUUGACGUAUAUAAUAACAAGGCCGCCGUUCUCAAAUAUGAGAACAAUGUUAUGAAUAUUCGCCAGUUUAACUGUACACCUCACCCGUACUGGCUCCCAAAUUUUAUGGAUGUUUUCACAUGGUCGCUUCCCUUUGUUGGUGAAAAGAUUACGGAUAUGCUGAUCGCCAUAUUGAAUACUUGCUCAAAAGAAGAACUGGAGGACGAAACACCGUCGUCGGUCUCGCCUACUCUUCCUUCAUCACCGCCCUCUGCUGCCGACAAGGACGAGCAAAGCGAGUUCAAGAGACGCGCUAUCAAGAACAAGAUUUUAGCAAUUGGUCGUCUGUCUCGUGUUUUCCAGGUGUUGCGUGAAGAAUCAGAACGAGUCACCGAGCUCAAGACUGCAUCCGGUGGUCGUCUACCUGCUGGCACUCUUAUGCUGGGCGCUGAAGGCAUCAAGCAAGCCAUCCACAAUUUCGAAGAUGCACGAAAAGUUGAUUUGCAGAAUGAGAGACUGCCACCAUCACAGGAAGAAGUUACACGCAAGAGUGUGGAAGACCGGAGAAUUGCUCUCGAAAGAGCUCACCAUGAGGCCGAGAAUGAUGCUGGUUUGGCUACUGUCGCUCGACGUAUCAGCAUGUGA